UUUAUUAAUAUUUUAAAAAGCUUUAAAUAGUUUUUGGUUAAAGUAUGUGCAACCACAGACUCAUUCCGGCGCCAUCCUCAUCACAGAAUCUCAGUUCCGCUUGAUAAUUGUUCCACGGCUCGAGUGCCCGAAGCGAACCGGGUCAUGAGUGCCGAUAAUUCCCGAUCCGAUGCUCUUCUCCCGUUGCGGAACCUCAGUAACUUGGUGAGAUGCAGCAGAGAUCGAGUGAGAGAUGGAGAGUCAAAUGAAUCCAGCGGGAUGUUCAGCUUGUCAAACUUCUGGGAGAAUCUGAAUGAUGCUGUAAAAGUCACGUCUCAAGAAGCAACUAAACUCAGUUUAAUCUUCUCGAAGCCACCAUCAGAGGAGGACUGUGCCGAAAUAGCAGGAUGUGUCCAGAAGAGCGUGCUGACCUUGUCCACCGUUUACUUCUGGUUACCAAAGAGCCAGGGAGUGACGCUGAGGAAGGCGGUGCGAGACGCAACGGUGGAGGUGCUGGACGAACUCCUUCAGCUGACGGAGGUCAUUCUCUCCUCUCCUGUGCACAGUCUCUCACAGGAGCAGCUGAUGUCGACUGGAGGAGUUUGGGCCGCGUGUGACAAGUUUAAUCAGCUGCCAAAAGAUAACCGCAGUGCCGUGUUGGCCGUCUUGACCUCAUAUGCUGGUUUGGUGAAAGAUGCACUGGCAGAAAUGGAGGAGUGUGUGUGUGUGUGUGUAAUAUUGUGCUGUUCUCCUCUCCAGGCUCUGGCUGAGACUGAAGACCCGUUCGCUGACGUCUUGCCCGAUGAUGAUGAUGAUGAGGAUGGUGAAGGCGUGGGAGGCCGGGGGAAUCAGGACACGUACUGGUCCCCGUCGGACCGGCUGCUGGUGUGUGAGUGUCGGGGUCUGAUGAAGGCGUCCGGAGCGAGUCUGCGUAAACUCUCCUCUGCGGUGCGAAACAGCGGCUCCACCGAGACCGAGGAGAACAUCACACAGUUAGACGACCUCGCAGACGCUGCUCAUGACAUCAGCCCGAGCGUUGAUGACCUCGCCCUCAGUCUCUACCCCCCCGUGGACCGCCCGGCUGUCAAUCAUAAUGUGUGUAAACUGGCCGGUGUGCUGAAGAAAGUGCUGGAGAUCACGAGGUCCAGUCAUGUGUGUGGCGAGGCCGAUGUGUGCUGGGUGCAGUUCCUGAGCGGAGCGGUCCAACACAACCUGGAGAAGCUGGAGUCGCUGCUGAGCUGCGGGUCCUAGAGACUCACGGACCGGGCCGACCCCAUCACUCACGGACCGGCCCCGGCAGAGGAGCGUCUGAUGGAUGCUGCAGAGAGUGUGUGUAAAGGGGAACCUGGACCUUUCCCAGAGGCCAUGAGUUACUCCAUCUUUCUGAGCGAUGUUGAAGUUCAUGAUGUUCACAGAAGUUAGACCUCUAAAAUAAUGACAAUGACAUCUGAAUAUAAAAGUGUUGCUCAUAAAAACACCAUGUCUAUCUGUAAGGAUUCAUCAUAAUUAACCACAGUGUGUGUGAGAGACUGUGUAAGUGUGUGAGGUGAGUGAGUGUACAUGCAUGCAUGUAUAUAUUUAAGAA